UCACAGACAGAUCGAAAAGUGGAACAAAAAAGCGAUGCCGGUCCACUCAAAAACCAGCACUAUCCUUCUGGAACCUCCCUUGUUGCCCCUGUCAUGAAAAUCGCACCGGUUAAAACCCAAAUAGAGGGUCAAGCCUCGGCUGGCAGUACCAUCACAGUCCUCUCACCCACUAUCUUUAGCAAAGCUGUUCAGAUCAUUCCAUCUCCACCCAAGGGCAAGCUGCCCAUCCUGCCCUAUGCCAAGGUGAAGAACUCCCUCCUGGCACCAACCAGCCUUGCCAGCACCCCAUUCUCAGAGAAGCAGACUGGAGCCAAAAGCAGCCUGAAAAGCCCUCCAGACAACAAAAUCAAGUCCACAGACAGCAAAGUUAAAAGUGAAAGCCUAAGUCAAGACCACAACAACACCCAAAUCAAGAAACCUCCAGGCAAGAAACGGGGGAGGAAGAGAAAAACAAUGGAGGAUAUUCUAGCCUUCGAAGCCCGAAAGAAGAGAUCCUUGUCGUUUUUUAGAAGGAGGGUACCUGAGAAACCUCCAACUGGUGUGUCGAAUCCUGCCUCUCAAGAGAAGCUGCUUGACAUAUCCAAAAAGUAUCGGAGUAUUCGUCCCAAGCCGGUACUGGUAGUGGAAACCACAAUUCCACAACUUGUUCCGCUCCCUUCCUUGUCAACAUCGGAGAACCUUGAUCAGGAGCUCGUAUUAGGACAGCAGAUAUCAGGAAAACAAUCG